UCAGACUAGAAACUGCAACAGCAAAUUCUCUUUUCUUAUAGCAGGACGUAUAUUUCACCAGCGUGAGAUUAUCAGGACUCGCAGUGAAAACAUGUGCGUGCCCAGUUAGUCACUGGUGUAGAAACCAGUCUCCUCUUCAUAAUAACUUCUUUGGGGUUGUAGUUUUUAGGUUUUUGUUUUGGAGGCGGAGUGGAGCAUCUCUCUCUCAUCACAGGACAGCGACAGAUGCGCAGCUGCUUCCAGCGGUUUGGUGGAAAUAGAUAAUUUCAAAGGAAAAGUGCAUCUGGAAACACGCGAGGUGUUUUAUAGUCUUCGAAUCAGCGUCAGGACGAAGGUGUUGUUUUUAAAUCACAGCUCGUCUGUUGUGAUGUCGUCAUCUGGAAGUGCUGCGUCACAUGAAGUCUGUGCAGCAUCAUCCACAACACCAGAGGCCGAACCCCUGAGGCUCGUCCUGCUGGGGAGGACGGGAACAGGCCGGAGUUCCUCGGGCAACACCAUCCUGGGCAGGUCGGCUUUCUGGGCCGACGUGUCCCCCUCUUCUGUGACCACGCAAUGCAAGAAGGGGACUGGAACAGUGAAGGGGCGCAGCGUGUCUGUGAUCGACACCCCGGGGUUCUUCCACACACGGCUCCCCCCUCAGGAGGUCAUGGCGGAGGUGGGGCGGUGUGUCGUCCUGUCCUCUCCGGGGCCCCAUGCCUUCUUAGUAACCCUGCAGCCCUGCAGGUUCACAAAAGAGGAAAGGGACACCCUGGAGUGGAUCAAGGCUACAUUUGGUCCUGAAGUCUGCAGGUUCACCGUGGUGCUGUUCACCGGGGGAGACCAGCUGCAGGGCCAACACACCGACGACUUCCUGAAGGAGAGCAAGGAGCUGCUGGAGUUUGUCAGCAGCUGCCGUGGAGGGUAUCAUGUCUUCGAUAACAGGGACAAGACAACAGAGUCACCACAGGUGGAGCAGCUGCUGAAGAAGGUGGACAAGAUGGUGGAGGCCAAUGGAGGCGGUUGCUACAGCAACGAGAUGUUUAGGGAGGCCGAGAAGGUGAUCAAGGACACACAAGAGAGGAUUCUGGGAGGACAAAAACUGGAGUCCCCUCGGAAGUUUGCGGAGGUCAAAGAGGAGCAGGGACCAGAGUUAGAGAGGAGGAGGAGGGAGGAGGAAGAGGCCAGGAAGAGGGAGGAGGGACUUUUCUGGUGCGAGCUGGCGACUGCGCUGGGGAAGGGAGCUGCAGAGGGGGCAGGAAUCAUGGGGAAGGACGAGGGGGAAGGGAAAGCUGUGAAGAAGGUGAAGGUGAUGGAGAGGGCAGUGGCUCUGGCAGCGUCACCGCUCUCCAUCACCUCUGCUGCCAAGGCGGUGGGGGGGGCCGUGAGGGAGGGAAGCAAGGUGUUGUACAAGCACCGGAAAACUUUCCUGCACUGAGGGAUACUUGACUGCGUUCACAUGUGGUGGGGUUAUGGUCUUUAUUCAACAACUCACUCAUUCCACUGUGUGUCAUACAUCUGAUUUGUCUUUAACACUGAUGCACCAGCACUUUCAGCCCACACUGCCAAUGCAUGUGUGUGUGUGUGUGUGUGUGUGUGUGUUGGGGGAGUUUACAGAUAGGUAAACAUCCUGGUGAGUUUCCGUCCAGGUGGAUUGGGAACAAAGAACAACACCACACCCUUGAGUUGACUGAAGUCAUGUGUUAUAAUAAAAGAAAUGUCAUAGCAA